CUUAGUACCUAACUUCGACUUACCCCACAUGUUCCAGCUACCACAGUUUUACACCUCGGCGCGUCAUUCUUCAAGUAAUAAUUUACAUAACUUAUUAGUACUACUAGUAGUACCUGAGAUACUUCAACCCGUCGCGCUUUUCUUUGGAGCUUCACUUUUUGGGCGCAAAACCGUUAAUUCUUUAAUUGAACAUCGACAAUGGCUCUUCCCCUACAGCCAGGCCUUGUGCCUACCGAGGUAGCUUUUCUAUGUGAAAUGGAAAUGGUUACAAUCGUUCCUCGUCAAAGACUCGAGUCAAUUCCUCUUCUCAGUGGGAAAACUCCAGCUCUGCGCCCACCGCACCGCGCCCAAGUCCCAUUUUGGCUUGCCCUCCUUCUGAAAAAGCAACGCCGCGCAAAUAUCGUCUCUCCCCCCUGGCUUCACGCCGACUCGCUUCAGGAUAUCCUCAACCAAGAAACCAACAUCAAUCAAAAAGGGUUCUCCCCCCAUCCUCCACCGCCGAUGAGGUCCGACGGCAGGGGCGGUUCUAGGCCUUUUGGGCAAUCCUCAUCGGAGCUGAAGCCGGGAGAAACAGUCUUAUCUCCCCCCUUUCUUCCGUCGUGCACGCAAAAUGCGCCCUCGGGGUACCUGCCAUAUCACUGGUUGGAGUUUUCGGAGACGCUGCUGGCUCACGCCGCAGACGAUAUACCUAACGCUGCCGAGGUUCGGGCGUUGCUGCGAGAUCUGCAAGAGGUGCGCGCCGCCAAAAUGCGCGGCAGUACAAAAGAGGUUAAUGGCGAAGGCGGCUUCCUGGCCUUACCUGGUGCAGGGGCUAUGGAGUUGGCUGAGAGCAGAGGGUUCUUUUUGGGUGUCGUCGACGGGGUCAGGAAGCUUGGUACAAGCGCCGAAGCGAGUAGGAGGGAAGAAGAGGAGGAGGAAGAAGAGAGGAGGAAUGGCAGGAGAGAUGACGAUGGCGACGAGGAGAUGGAGUUUUGAAAAGGGGAACUCAACAAUACACAUAAUACAUGAGUGGUUGGUACAGCAUCGCUUUCGGCUCGAGAAGUAUAGGGAGAUAGCAUGU